UACUCGGCUGUAUCUUUCAAUAUGUCCCUACCCAUUGGGACCUCCCCGAUGAGUAUAUAAACCGACUGCGCGCACGCCGCAGACGUCUUCGAGGCAGUAAACUUGCCACCCGUUUCUUCGUCCUAAGUCAGGUCUGUACAAAGUGGCGCGAUACUGCAAUCGCAACCCCAGAGCUUUGGAAGGACAUCCUUAAGAUCCCAGUGUCCGCCGAAAGAAGGCUCUAUGGUUCUGUAACCUUCAUGCUAGUACUAUACGGCACCAUAGAACCGGAUGUAUACCUCAACUUUCAUCCCUCGUACGACCAGUACACGCCAGCCACCAUCGCCCUGGUCGAGCGCUGCAUUUCCAUGAUACCCACUCUGAAGAGUUUCGAACUGCAUGGUUACGGAUCAUUCUUUCUGCUCGAUCGCCCGCAGUCUCCCGCUCCUGAGCUACAAAGGCUCAAUCUUGCGGGCUCACAGCACGCUCCCAUCCGCACGAUAUCGAACAAGUUAUUCAAUGGACAUGCCCCAGAAUUACGAGAACUCCGGCUCAGCUUCAUGACCAUCGAUCUCUCCUCGCCUCUCCUUUCCCGACUCGAGGUGUUCGAGAUAUCCUCUUCGGACAGCUCUACUCCGCCUACACAACCUCUAGACCGUUGGCUCUUCGCCUUCAGCAAUAUGCCUCGACUGAGAAAAGUGUAUCUUCACCAUGUCAUCAAACCAACACCUCGAGAUGCCGAUGACCACCUGUUCAUCAAUGCCCACCUUCCUGAUCUGUCCAGGAUGACCGUCGUAUUUCCCUCCAGUCGAGAGGCGCACGAUGGUAAACGAAUAAGAGAACACAUUAUCGCCCCUCCGAGUGCAGACAUCGAUAUAUUCGCACCGAUGUAUCAUGAACGCGUAUAA